AUGGGCCGCAGAAAGAUUGAAAUCAGAGCUAUAAAGGAUGAUCGCAAUCGUUCAGUGACGUUCCUCAAGCGAAAAGGCGGCCUCUUCAAAAAGGCUUACGAAUUAUCCGUCCUAUGCUCGGUCGAUGUCGCCGUCAUCAUCUUUGGACACAACAAAAAGCUGUAUGAGUUUUCCUCGGGAGAUAUCAAUGAGACACUGCGGAGGUAUCAAUACUAUGGGCAACCUCAUGAACACAAGGGUCCCGUCGACUUCAAGAACAAGGGCGGUGACGAUGAUGAGGAGGAUGAGGAAGAUGAGGAACAACCACCUCAUACUAGAGAAGGCUCUCUCCCGGCACAGCAUGUCCCUCAUAUGCAGCAUCACAAUUCCUUUGCGCACAUUCAACAACCCAUGGCUUCAGUCUCGCCUCCAAUGCCCAACGGCAUGUUUCAACCUCGCCAUGCGACGCCCCAACCGCCCCAUAUGAUAUCUAGACCUGCAUCACAGAAUAUGGUCCGUCGCACCAGUUCCCAUCUCGUCCCCAUGCAGCAUCCUCACCCGACUCCCCCUCCGCCACAGAAUGGGUUUGCCUACGCGCCUAAUCCGCCCAUCUACAACCCCCAAGCAGCCCCUGCCGUGGCCCCUCAACCGUCGCCGCAGCCUUCCUUCCAACAGUAUUCUCAAGCUCAGCAGCCACCGCAUCCCACUCCCCCUCCUCCACAGACGCACCAACAAAUGCAACAAUCCCAUCAGCAAUAUCUGCAGGAACAGAGGCGGUCAUCCCAACCUCCGCCGGUGUCGCAACCUAGUCUUCAACCUCCCACGCAAACGCAGACACGAGCUUCUCCUCAACCCGAACCACAAGGUCUCCGGCCAUCUGAGCAAUCGAGUCCGCCACAGGCCAAGCAUGCACAGUCAAAGUCUAGAAGCAUUUUCACUCCAAUAGAUGAGGGGGGCUCAGUCUUAGCACAGCAUUUCUUUGGGGCUCCAGAUCCCCCUCGCUUGCCACUGAAGAAAGAGGAAUCAUCGCCGGACAUCAAGCCUCCACCACGAAGCGUCACUGUCCCUUCUAUUCCUCGGCCCAGUUCUCAACCUGUCCGACCUCAAACGACAGUGCCAGAAUUCGCACCUCCCCAACGGACAGACACGUCCGGUUCAAGAUCGGGAGGUCGACCGAAACUGAACCUCCAGAUCCCUUCUGAGCCGGAGGACGACGAGUCAGGCGGUGGAGGGUCUCCCUUGCAAUCGGCUGGUCCGUCAGCAAAUCCCGCCAGGGGCACUGACCAUAUUGUCUUGCCACCGCCUUCACCCAGUGCGUCGGCGGUCAUGUCGGCUGGCACAAGUGGACCUCCUAAUCCAUUUGCUCGACCUCCCCCUCCUCCUCCGUCAAAUCAAAACCGUGAUGCCUACACCGACAACAGGAACAACAUUGAAACUCCAAUAUCAGCAUUACCCAGUCGGUAUAUGAACAAUGACCUGUUGCCUAGCCCGAGCAAUUUCUUCAGCGAGUGGUAUGAGUCCGGUAGAACUGGAGGUAUGAACUCGGGCGUUCUACCUAGCCCACUUGUGUUCCCCACACCAGCAGAUUCUCGAGGACUGGGAUUUGGUGGUCGAGAUGCAGCGAAUGAAGCCAACGGAGAGAAGCGGAAGGGUAGUGUGGACCACGCUGAAAAGGAGGGAGAUGCGAAGAAGGUCAAGACGUGA